AUGAGCCGCGCGGCGGGGAGCGGCGCCCUCCGCCCCGCCGAGCCGCCCCGGGAGCACGGCGCCCCGCCGGAGCUGCCGCCCGCCGCCGGGGCAGGGGAGGCGAGCGGCGAUCCCCCGGCGGAGCCGGAGAGCCCCGGCGGCGCGGCGGGCGACAAGCCCGAGACCCGCUCGGUGUGCAGCAGCGAGAGCGGCAGCGGCAGCCAGCCCGGCGGGGCCGGCCCCAUCUGCAAGAUCUGCUUCCAGGGCCCCGAGCAGGGCGAACUGUUAAAUCCUUGCCGCUGCGAUGGGUCGGUACGAUACACACAUCAACUUUGCCUGUUGAAGUGGAUAAGUGAAAGAGGGUCGUGGACCUGUGAACUCUGCUGCUACAGAUACCAUGUUAUAGCAAUUAAAAUGAAGAAGCCUUGCCAGUGGCAAAGCAUUACUAUAACACUGGUUGAGAAAGUGCAGAUGGUUGCUGUAAUCCUAGGAUCUCUGUUCUUAGUAGCAAGUGUGACUUGGCUUCUAUGGUCAGCCUUCAGCCCCUAUGCAGUAUGGCAAAGAAAGGACAUCCUUUUUCAAAUCUGCUAUGGAAUGUAUGGUUUUAUGGAUCUAGUAUGCAUAGGACUUAUUGUACAUGAAGGUGCAUCUGUCUAUCGAGUGUUUAAGCGCUGGAGGGCUGUGAAUCUACACUGGGAUGUGUUAAAUUAUGAUAAAGCUACAGAUAUAGAAGAGAGCAAUCGAGGCGAAUCCUCAGCAGGAAGGACAUUGUGGUUACCACUGACUGCAUUUAGAAACAGAAAUUUAGUUCACCCAACACAGUUAACCUCACCAAGAUUUCAGUGUGGCUACGUAUUGUUACAUCUAUUCAACCGCAUGAGGCCUCAGGAAGAUUCAUCAGAGGAUAACGGCUCUGGGGAAGUAGUGAUGAGAGUGACCUCAGUGUAAUGAUUACACUCACUGUGCUACACAGAUAAGGAUAAUGUGCCCUGAUGUUACAGGGCUUUGGAAUGUAGCUACAAUGAAUGGUGAAACCAUUAACACUUGAAAAAAAUACACAUUUUUUUAAAAAAUUAAUGCUUUUUAUAUGAUCAGCUAAAUCACAAAUACAUUUUUUUCUGAAAAAAAAAACCAACAACAACAACAAACCCUCUUGCUUUUUAUAUAGUCUUGAUUUAUUAAAUCUUUUGUCAAUUUGUUACCUGAGGUGUAUAUGAUAUAGUUUAGCUCUUAGGUCUUUGAAUGCUAAAGAAAGUAAUUUUUAAGUAAAUAUAUAUAUAUAUUUAAAUGUAUUUUCUUAAAUUUUGGCUUUAACCCACUAUUGUUAUUUUUCCCACUUUCAUGAGGAUUAAACUGAACAACCUCCUUUCAAAAAGAAAAAAAAAUGUUGACA